CGCCCCUGACACCGUGAGCAGCUCCUCACUCCGCCGGGUCACACCGUCUCCUCAGCCCGACAUGGAUUUCUCCAUCCGCGCCUCCAACGUGGAGGACUGUAAGGACAUCGCGCGCAUGAUCAUGGAAUUGGCUGAAUAUGAGAAAGUAACAGACCAUGUGAAAGUCACACAGAAAGACUUGGAGCAGGAUGGUUUCUCCAAGAACCCGUUCUUCCAUGGGAUCAUUGCUGAGGUACCAGAACAGCACAAAACCAAAGAAGGUCAUACGAAGAUAGGAUAUGCACUUUACUUCUACGCCUACAGCUCGUGGUCGGGCAGAGCCAUUUAUAUGGAGGACCUGUACGUGAUGCCAGAGUUCAGAGGGAAGGGCAUUGGUAAAGCACUCAUGAGCAAGGUGGCACAGCUGGGCCUGGCUGCCGGCUGCAACCAGCUCAGUUUCACUGUUGUAGACUGGAACAAAUCCUCCCUGGACUUUUACCUAAGCCAGGGCUGUUAUGAUGUGACCGAUAAGAUGGGCUACCACUGUAUGCGCUGCGAGGGAGAGGCCCUGGAGCACCUGGCCCAACCGUAACAUGGCGUCUCAACCUGGGUCACCAUGAGUUCAACCUACACAGUGCAGGGAUAUAGACUCAGACUACGGAUUUCUGGAAAAAGUACGUCAUGAUAAUAAUUGACUGUUUGUCAAGCUCUCUUCAUUUCUACCUUAAUUUUUGCUUUUGUUUGGGGAAAUUACAACAAUGGCCGAGAUGAGCAGCUGUAUUUAGUAUUUUGGUGGCAUUAGCGGAUUCUCACUCCCUGGGUUGAUUAAAAAUCCUGUUUAUAAUCAAUUUCUUUGAUGAUUCCAGGCUUGUAAAACAUCUGCACAUGUUGGCAGCACACAGGAUUUAAUGCUUAAAGCUGAGGUAUUUGUAUUUGGUUAGCAGGAGCAUUUAGCAUAGCUUUUUAAAUAAAAACACAGUUAAAAUAUGUAAGACAAGUCAAAAUCGGACUUUUCUUACACAACCUGUAGACCCACAAAACACAUUCCUACUGAAAUCAUUGGGUAGUUAUCUUAGCAUGCUAACGCCGACAGCUUAAGUUGGGGUAGAUAAACACACCAUACAUAAGAGUAAUUCAAAUCUUUGUCUUCUUUGUUUUUAUAUUAAAUCAUCACAAACACCACUUCAACUCGGAGAAAUUCAUGUAGUGCCCAGUAACUGUUGCCAAACUGUGAUUGGCCAACCGCUGUUUGCAGGAGGGGCUCAGCAAACACUUGAUUGGCUCAAUAUUUGAAUAAUCAAGGAUGCGGUUUUAAGUAUUGUAAUGGGGCCUUUGCAAAAACAUUUACAUAGUUUAUAAUUGAGGGACCUUAAUCUGUGUUAUAUGUGGUGUUAGGUGAUAACCUAACAUCUUGGGUGUGGGUGUGUUGUGGGGGGCUGUAUUUCUUAGAUCUUCAGAGAAAGUCUGAACGUUAAGUGUAAAACGUCCUCAUCCAGAAGUGAAAUUAUUUUUUGCACAAAGAUCCAGGAAAACAGGAUGCACGUUUUAUUGUUCGACUGUUGAAAUAAAAAGUGAGUUUUUGGUAUCCUGUCCCUUUAAGUGUAUAAUUAACUAUGGCAACAGCAACCAAAGAGUAAGUCACCCCUCCACUGUAAAGCUGUUGUGAUACAAGUGUUGGCAUUUGCACUAUUCUCUUCCUUGUCAAGCUAUGUACAUAGAUGGUUGUGAGGGUAAUCAAAGUGUGCACCAAAGGAAUCAGUGGGAUUGAACUUAAAACCUCCUUCCACGCUGCCAAACAGCAAAGUCUCUGGGCUGGUUUCAAAGACGUGGAUACAAGUCAGAAUCAAACAAAAACGAUCCAUCUGGUGGAAUCUGAAAAACAAAAGAAAAUCUUGGACUGGGCUCGGUGCGCGUCUUUAAACCUGUCCAGCUAAAAUGAAAGUGGCACAACUCUGGGCUUCAAUUCUGUUUUAUAUCCAGUGAAAUAAAAAAUAAAAAAAGAGGACUUUUUGUAUCACGUCCAGCCAUUUACUGAAAACACUCAGAGUUAUAUUUAGUUUGUUUUCUCUCACUCUAAACAAGUAAGAACCACUAACCCUCCUUUGUAGCUUUUGCAAUUUUCAUUUAUUUUCAUACUUUGUUUACGAAAUAAUUGAGUGAGGAAUGUGAAGUUGUUUUUCUCCGUCUUUAGGACAUUGUGUGGUAAAAUAAUCAACGUGGAAAAGUAUAUUUGGUGCAUUGUCAUCCAUGUUGUUGCAGAGUGCAGGAGACAAAGAUCAAUAGAGUCCAGGGGAAGAUGAGGAGAUAUCGGCAACUUCUCACCAGGAUGAGCCAGACAUAUAAAUUAUUCAACGUGUAACUCUGUUUCCUCAGUGGAUUCCACCAAAUCCCGAUUCCUGUCACAUCCACUGAGAUCUUUGCAAUAAAUCAACUUUAAAUGUG